GCUUUGAUAAUUUAAAAGAACAACUUGAAUUGAUCUGACUACCAACUCAGCAUCAAUAAAACACCUGAGGAGUUUAAUGCAACCUUUUAAAAAUACCACAUACUGAGAAGCAGCAGAGUUUGUGGAAAGGAAUCUGGAGUUUGAAACUUCAGCAUACAGUGAGUUUCUUGUAAGUAGCAAUAGUGCUGGACUCUAAACUCCUCUGCAGACGAAAUGCAUAGAAGAGCAGCAGCUGUUUUGGGGAUGAAGGUGGUUAUAAUGAAGCUGAUGCUGUUUGGAAUCCAUGUGAACUCAGCACCAACUGACAGAAGAGAAGAAACGACUGAACUACCAGGGUUUGGGACACCAUCAGAUCUUUCACCACCUGGCACUCUGGCAUCAUCUGUCCUGUCGAAAGCCUCCCCAUUAAAUACGAGUCAAUGCAUGAAUUUUUGUCUUUUUAGCAUAAAAACAGCUGGGCUUGAUAAAAUGACAAGAAUUGCAGAAAAACUUACUCAACAAAGUAUCACUGCUGGGAUUAUGGCUGGAAGAUCACAAACAAAUACAGACACACCCAGGCCAGAUAAUCGAGCCAAGAUACUGAAGAUGAUCUCAGUCCUUGCAGAGCUGCACAAAACCUUCAACAGCACACUGAGUUCACAAAUCACUCUGAUCCCUCAUGCAAACAGCAAAAAUCCCAGAAGAAAAAGUAAAGUGCUCCCUGCUCCAGUAAAGACGACUGCUGCCACUCUGUCAGCCUCACUGACCACAGCCUCCAGGUCAGGCCCAGAUUCUGUUGCCCUGAGUGAGCCGGGCCGAAACUUCAGGAAGUCUCUGCCACCACAGACCAAGAAGACCAACAAAAGAGUGUGUUUCUGGAAGUAUUGUUCCCAGAACUGAAGCCUCCCAGCUGACCCUGGUGUCCAUUCCUCACUAGUUACAUAUAUAUGUCUGAUAUUCCUACCGGCGAUAUCUUCUCAACUAAUCAUCCACUCAGCCAUCUAUCCCAACAGAGCCAGUCACAAACAAUUCUGUCUUGUUCUGUUCCGGUUUCAUUGUCAAGAACUUUGAACGAGCAGUGUGAGAUUAAACUGGUUAUUUUACAGUAAUGAAAUGGUUAAAUAGAGGUUAUCAAUAGUGCAAACAGAAUACCUGCUACAACAGUAAGUUGACUGCAUAGUGAAUGUAUCCUUUUCUCUGCUGUGUCUUUCCUCUGACUUGUGCUAGGAAACUGUUGCCAGGCUUCAGAAAGCACCAUGUCUCCCCUCAGGCUGGCGCCAGUCUUGACUUGGCCCUUUUCAUUUCCUCAUUUAUUAACAAGACUGACCAAUCAAAAACAGACGAUGUGUGCUCGUGGUCUGGGCACAUGAAAAGAUAGCUUUGUUAACCACAUUCUGUUAAAGGAUGCGCACAUGUCAGUUUUGUGUUUGUGCCAUGUUUAAAAUAAAAUUCAUCAGUUGCAUGACAAACAGCAGCCAUGGCCACAAUGUAAGAAAAAUGUCAUCAGCUUUCUGUAGUUUCACUGUCAGUUUGAUUCAA